GUUAGAGCUCCAGUCCUCAUGACUUACUGUUGUGUACUGAAGAUGGUAAGCUGCCUGAAUAUGAUGGUGUUCUCCACGCUGUUGAUGGUGUUCCUUCUUUCUGCCAGCGUAGAAGCUGCUGCUGCCACCAGGUCCUCCCUCUACAAACUUCACACCCCGACCACAAACGCCCUCCCCGAGAGCAUCCCCGAGAGCAUCCGGUCUGUGACUACCACUUCCGUUACUGAAUGCCUUGCCCAGUGUGUCGGCGUCAACCCCUGCACCGGGGUAGUCUACUGCCGUGACGACGACGUCUGUUACCUGAUGACUGCGACACCUGACAGCGUCCCCAACGACACGUGUCGGGCGUAUGCGAAGGUGGAUGCUGGGACACAGGGAUCAUCUGAUGUUCUUCCCACAUCUGAAGCUUUGGAGACAUCAUCAUCAACAGACACCAUAACGACAUCAACAACAGAAGAAAUGACACCAUCAACAGAAUCAACAUCUCCAAUAGGGACAACGACUGAAGCAGAUGUGGCGACCUGUGAAAAUGGCGGUACGUCAGUCGGUCCAGCCUGCAGCUGUCUGCCCUCCACUACCGGAACACGCUGUGAAACACGGAUUAAAGACUGUAGUGACGUGUCCCAGUAUAUUGGUAACCCUAAUGGCACCUACACUGUCUGGCCGACCAACUCCACACAAUCCUUUGACAUAGAAUGCCAUGGCGUCACUACUAUGAUCAUGUUCAGGGACAAAACCAUCAGUGGCUGUGAGGCGGAGCCCGUGACGUACCUCGACGUUCCCUGGGCCGACUACAAGUCUGGUUUCACCCACUCCAACUGUUACAUGUGGCUGGGUCUGGAGAAGGUGCAUGCUCUGACCAGUGUCCGACCUUGUAAACUCUUCAUGUCCUUGAAGAAGUUUGACAGCACUCCCGGACAAGUGUCUUACGACGCCUUCUCCGUGGGUGACGAGGCCUCGGAGUAUCAGCUGUCGGUGUCGGGGUUCACCGGGGAUAGCGUUUUCGGAGACCGCUUCAACCUGGGGGACCCAGCUAGAACCCUGGAUGGGAGUCACUUCUGUGCCAAGGAUCACUGCAACAACUCAGUCGAGCCGUGUGCCGAGUGGCAUAAGGGAGCCUGGUGGAACAGGUUGGAUGUCUGUCAGACCAAUCCUCAUCAGCAAUAUGACAUUGCUUGGGUUGUUGCCUAUGGCGACCCUAGCAACUGCAAAAGUAUCUAUAUGUACAUAAACCAUCCCGCCUAG